AUGGUGUCUGUAGCGGUGGUCUUUCUUUUGACGGUGGGCUCUGUUUGUGGAAAGACUGCGGCGGAAAGACAACUCGUCUAUGUGACUGUGUUGUUUCGCCAUGGUGACCGGUCGCCAGUCAAAGCCUAUCCCACCGACCCGCACCAAGAGAGUGACUGGCCACAAGGCUUCGGACAACUAUCACAGGAGGGGAUGAGGCAACACUUUGACCUGGGCCACUUUCUGAGGAAUCGAUACAAAGGAUUCCUCAGUGAAUCUUAUGACAGACACGAGAUCUCAGUUCGAAGUACAGACUACGAUCGCACCCUGAUGAGCGCUGAAGCCAACCUAGCAGGUCUGUACCCCCCCUCUGGUCAGCAGGUCUUCACACCGACCUUGAAGUGGCAGCCGAUACCUGUGCACACAGUGCCACAAAAUGAAGAGAGGCUUCUGUCGUAUCCUCUGAAUGACUGCCCACGCUACAAACAGCUGAUGAAUGAAACUGAACACACGGAGGAAUUUCUUAAUGUUACCACAGCAUAUAAGGACAUUAUAGAGCUGGUGAGGAAUAAAACAGGACUGAAUAAAACCACCGUGGAGUCAGUCUGGAGUGUGUAUGACACACUCUUCUGUGAGUCCCGUCACAACAUGUCAGCUCCCGACUGGGUGACUCCCGAAGUCAUGGAGAAGCUCAGAGUGCUCAAAGACUUUGGAUUUCAGGUCAUGUUCGGGGUCUACAAUCAACUAGAAAAGAGCCGGCUGCAGGGAGGUAUACUGCUGGGUGAAAUAGUGAAGAAUCUUUCCAAGAUGGCCGUCCCAGACCCAAAACAGAAACUGAAAAUGAUGAUGCUGUCAGCGCAUGACACCACUGUGGCAGCCCUCCAGGCCAGCUUGAAUGUGUUCAAUGGACGACAGCCGCCAUAUGCCUCCUGCCAAAUAUUUGAGCUGUACAGGGAUGAGAACGGCUCUGCUUCUGUGUCGAUGUUGUACCGGAAUGACAGCAAAGUGGAGCCGUACCCUCUGCAGUUACCAGGCUGCUCCCUUGACUGCCCCCUGGAGGAGUUUGUGGGAAUCACGAAGCUCUCUAUUUCAGAAGACCGAGACAAGGAGUGUCAAGUGCCUUCAGAAGGGAGAGAUACAGAAGUGAUCAUCAGUCUGGCAGUGGCCGGCUGUCUGCUCUUCCUCCUCGUUGCCAUCCUCCUUGGCGUCAUCUGUUGGCAGAAAGAGCCAAUGAGCAACCAGGGAUACCGCCACGUGAUCAACCAGGAAGUGGGAGACGAAUCCUGACAGAAGCACAAACUGCUCCCCCGAAGAUCUAAAGACCUCAUGUCUUGGGACAGCAGCGACGAUGAUGAACUCUGAAUGUCCCGCAUGGCGUUUUUUUGACGUUCCGUUCAGGACCCGCAAUAAUAUGAUUAUGUCUAAAUGACAAGCUUACGUCCAUAAUGACCCUGUUUCUGUUGGGUCAGAGGGAAGACUUUAAGAAACAUUUCAGUAUUAGAUUUUAGUGAAGCGUCUAAAAAACAGUCCUAUCACCCCUCUCAUCGAGUGGGGAUGAGUGAGACCUUGGUGGAAGGACCAGGAUGGAUUUCUUCAUCAAGAAAACAGGGAACACUUUUUUUUGCAUUUUAGGGAUUGUUAGUAAAGUAGCCCUGUGUUUCUAUGUGAUCUGAUCUCCUGUGUGCCAAAUAAGUUCUUAGUUUGAGCAAAUAUGACCUUGAAAGAUGCUGAGUACGUGGUUCAGUCUGGGUUUUUUGUGCUGUGCGCUUUAACACCUAAAAGCCUGCAUAGAAUGGUGAUACAUUUGUGAUCUUUGAUUAUGUAAUUAGGUCUGGAAACAUGGUGGGAAAUGGUGAAUUCCCAGUAAUGUGACUGCAGAUUCUUAAAAAAAAAAAUCUUAAGUGAAAUGUAGCACAAAUGAGACUUAUUACAAAAGAUGUUGUAAUUUAAACUUUAUCUAAAAAUGUUUGGGUACUAAAUCUGGAUCCAGAAUGUUUCCAGAACUGAUUCAUGUAAUCACCUUCUUUUCCAGACGAGAAUACGUUUGUUUUUGUGUGUAAUUGUAAGUAAUUCAUGCACAUGUCCAUUAAUGAAUGCUUUGUGUGUUGUGAUUUGUGUCAGGUAUGUAUGUGUUGGCCCAUCUGUGUCCUGUUUGUGUAGACUCUGAGGCCUAACGACCGAGAUGCCUUAAAUAUUUCCAAUAAUGAGCUUUCUCUGUUCUCCGUAAUAACACAUUUUUGUAGGAUUUCGGCUUUUUCAUUUGGACCUCUUCAAAGUUCAACAAGGUGUCAACAAGAAUCAAAUCCGAUAGUUGUGAAUUUCUUGGAACUCUUGAAACACUGGAAACCUUUACAUGUUUGUGUUUUUGAAUCAGGUGUUGGUUAUUUGAGAAAGAAAAUGCUUGAUUGUGUUUUAUUUUUUGUCUUUGAACUAAUCAGAGCAGAUAUUGUAUGCUUUUCCGUUCGCAAAUUAGUGAAAAAAUAAAGUUUGGACCUUUGAGCUCAUGCAGAUUUAGAGAAAAAAAGAACACUAGGUUUUUAUACAACAUUUCUUUGUACGCCUCGUCUUUGGUUACAAACAAAUGGAAUAUAUUACAAACUAACUAUAAAUGCUAAUGCAGGUAUGAGCAGGAUCUCAUAUUUCAAGUCAGGAUCCAGAUCAUGGGCUUAAAAUGAAUUUCCACAUUGCUAACCCUUCAACACAUGAUCGCAAUAUUCAACAAAAUUAAGGUUCAUUUUAAAUAUAUGUCAGUUUUCUUUCCUGCUGUAUAAAAUGAUCAAUCAGACUUUUGAGAAUAUGUUGCUUGUAAAUGUUUUGUUUGAAAAAUAAAAGCUCAAUCAUUUCGAAUGUUGCUUGUACGUA